AUGGCGCUAGGUUCGGAUUCGUCCCCCGUGGCGGAAGCUAGGCUCGCAGCCACCCCGCAUGGCGGACCUCCGCAGAGUCCGGGACCCAGGCGGAAGCUUCAGCAGAAGUUUAUGGCGGACGCGGUUAAGUGGCUGGUGGGAUUCGUUAUAGUCACGUCCUUUUGCAGCCUGCUGGUGAGCACGUGGCACAUGGUGGUUGGUGGGGGAGAACAUGGGGAGACGAGGAAUGGGAGGAUUGUUGGGCCCGCCAUCCUCACCCUCCCCCAUCCUCCCCAUUCAAUCCGCCGUGCUCGCUCGCAGUACGUUGGGUCGCUGUCAGACGCGCUUAGGAAGGAAGACAUCACCACGUCGCCCCUCAUGUCCAGCAUAACCCACCACGAGAGCAUGCAGUCAGAGCAAAUGUCAAACCUCUCAGCGACAGUUGCCGAAAUCAACAACCGCACCAGCGCUGCUCUCAACUCCCUUACCCGCCUCCACUCCCUUCUCCAAGAGCAACGCACCCACUCCCUCACUGUUGAAAACGAGCUCGCUGCUCUCACCACCGCCGCCACCACGCACCUCUCCGACCCGCCGCCUCUCUCCGCCGCCGCUCUCAGCUCCCUCUUAGCUAAGCACGCCGGGCAGCUCUCGGCAAAUUCCGAAAAGCUGACCGAGAAUUUCAAGCGGGAGCUUGUGGAUGAAGUGGUUUCGGUGAAAGAUAUGAUUCUGAGAGUGGCUGGGCCGGUGGCACAAGCAGGACUGAGGCUGGAGCUUCAAGGAGAGCUGGAGAAAGUGACUAAGGGAGUGGCGGGAUCAGUGUCAGCAGCGGUGGGGGAACACAGCAAGGAGACGGUUUCGGAACUUAGUAAAGCGCUGGUGGAGAGGAGCAAAGAGGCGGCGGCGGAGCUAGCGAGGAUAGGAGAGAAGGUAGCGGCUGAAGCUGCAAGGGCAGCUGCUGCUGCUGUGGCUGCAAAGCUGGGGCAAGCGGGAGGGCUGAGACUGGGGGUGUCUAUUAAGGAAGCAGCAGGUCGGGUGGCUGAUUUGGUGCAGCAUGCAGAGCAGAUCAGAACCCACUUGGCUGCUGUGUCGUCUUCUGGCAACGUGAACAGUACAGUGAACAGUACGGUGAUCAGUGCGGUGAACAGUGCUGUGGAGCGGUUAGAGCGGGUUGCUCGGCAGCUAGUGGAAAGAGGAGGGGAGAGGGGAGAGAGAGGGGCGGGUGGAGGAGGGGAGGAGGCAGAGCGGCUGAAGGCGGAGCUGGAAAGGAAGCAAGAGGUGAUCUCCCAGCUGCAGGCGCGACGGUCAGCAGCAGCUGGUCACGGGGCACAGGAGGAAACUGCUGCUGCCUUCCACGGCCCCUCCUAUGCACGUGAAUCCAACAUGAUUCCAGCACUUGAGGUGAUUCCAGCACUUGAGGUGAUUCCAGCACUUGAGGUGAUUCCAGCACUUGAGGUGAUUCCAGCACUUGAGGUGAUUCCAGCACUUGAGGUGAUUCCAGCACUUGAGGUGAUUCCAGCACUUGAGGUGAUUCCAGCACUUGAGGUGAUUCCAGCACUUGAGGUGAUUCCAGCACUUGAGGUGAUUCCAGCACUUGAGGUGAUUCCAGCACUUGAGGUGAUUCCAGCACUUGAGGUGAUUCCAGCACUUGAGGUGAUUCCAGCACUUGAGGUGAUUCCAGCACUUGAGGUGAUUCCAGCAGUUGAGGUGAUUCCAGCACUUGAGGUGAUUCCAGCACUUGAGGUGAUUCCAGCACUUGAGGUGAUUCCAGCACUUGAGGUGAUUCCAGCACUUGAGGUGAUUCCAGCACUUGAGGUGAUUCCAGCACUUGAGGUGAUUCCAGCACUUGAGGUGAUUCCAGCACUUGAGGUGAUUCCAGCACUUGAGGUGAUUCCAGCACUUGAGGUGGGGGAGGCGUCCUUUGCAGCGCUGGGAGUGGGGCUGCGAGCCGCAAGAGACCUGCGCCGCGCCCACCACUGUGUAUGGAAGCAAUCCAACCACUCCUCUUCCACGUCAGCCUCAUCCACCACGUCAGCCUCAUCCGCCACGUCAGCAGCAUCAGCCCCGUCAGCAUCACUGGCAGGCACAGAAGUCACGGGGUCGCUCCGCAUCAUCUACCCCGCAGACAGCAGGGAGACGACCUAUGAGACGCUCAUUCUACUCUGCUCCUUCCCCUCGCCCAUUCCUGCUGUCAAUGAGGGGGUGGUUGCGGCAGUGGUAGACGAUGAGCUCAUCCCGCUGCUGCUAAGCUCUCACCAAGCCAAACCGCACUCCACUCCCACAUUCUCCAUCACCGACCCCUCCUCCUCUCCCUCCCUCCCCUUCCACACCACCCUCUGCCUCGCCCCUCUCUACGGCCCCUCUGUCCUCCCGCGCUCUCUCCUCGAAUUCCUCCACUACCACUUCCUCCUCGGCGUCGACCACUCCACACUCUACGACUCAGGCGGCGCCACGUCAGCAGUCCGCGCCACGCUGGCUGCUGACGUGGCGCGGGGCCGCGUCGAGAUCGUCUCUCUCGACGGCAUCCGGCCGUUCAAUCCGUGGAACCAUGGGCAGAUCCUGGCCCUCCAUGACUGCCUCUAUCGCUCCCGAACCACCUCCCAAUGGGUCCUCUAUCUAGACAUGGACGAUUUUAUCUACAUCCCUCCCUCCGCAACCCCUCUCCCCAUCCCUCCCCUCCAAGCCUUCCUCUCGCGCUUCCCCUCCCCGUCCUCCCUUUCCUCCUCCUCCUCCUCGUCAUCCACUCCUGCCACAGAAGCUGCCACCACCAACGCAGCAGCAGCGCACGCACCGUCACACACACCAGCACAGCCCGCCCCAGCAGUGAUCACCUUCGGCUCGCUCUGGUUCUCCGUGCGUCACUGCCGCCCGCGGAUCGAGCACGAGGAGGAGGUGCUAGGAGUCCCACAAUACACACACGAGUACACAGACUACGAGGAGGCCAAGAGGGCUCUGCUGCCUGGUUCUGCGGACGAGGCGUGGGGAGGGCAGAGGGAUGAUGAGUUUCUGAUCGAGCGGUUUGUGUUCCACUGGCCGGAGCCCGCGUGUCAUAGUAAUGGAGAGGGCGGGCGGUUUGUGAGCCCCAAGAUGUGCCUGGGCGAGCAGGGCCACCGCAAGUUCAUUGUGGAUCCCCGGAAGGUGGAGCGCAUGGGGGUGUUUGGGCCGCAUAGUGACGACGCGCCCACCCUCUCCCUCCUGAAUCUCAGCACGGACGACCUGCUGCUGCUGCACUACCGCGAGCUCGGCUUCGUGAGCGACCUGCACGUGUGCAAUGAGACGGUGCACGUGCGCGACACCGUGGGGUGGUGGCACAACAGCACAGUUUUGUUUUCUCGUGUUCCUCUCCUCUUAACUCCUGCCUUUCCCGCUCCCCCUUUCCCCGUCCCAUUUUCUCUUCCCCUUUCCUCCGUUCCCUUCCAUCUUUCCCCUUCCCUCCUUCCCCUGGUCUCCCUCCCAUUCCCUCUCCUCCCACCUUCCAGCCUCGUGACAUCCCUGGAGCUUGACUCUCCGUUCGCCCGUCGCGCCAUCAUCCACCGAAAUUCCACUGGCACCCCCCUCCCUCCUAUCCACGCCUUCCCUGCUCUGCACUCCCUCGCUCUCCUCAUCCCUGCCUCGAAACUAACCCCCCUCACCCGCUGUUCCUCCCUCACCUCCCUCACACUCUGGAACCCCCUUUCCUCCACCCUCUCCUCCCUCGCCUCCUCCUCCUCGUCUGUCCGCGCCUCCCUCAACUCCCUCACCCUCCACUCCGCCAACCUCCAGUUCGGCCUCGCGCCCUUCGCAUCCCUCCCCCGCCUCGCCUCUCUCGCCUUCCUCUCCUGCACUAUCGACCCCUUCGACCUACACGCCCUCGCUCGCUCCCUCCACACACUCACCCACCUCACUAUUCACAACUGCCCCUUGGUCUCAAGCCACGCCCUCUUAGCCCUGGUUGAAGCCAACCCUGCCCUCUCCUCCCUCUCCCUCCACGGCACCACCUACCGCCUGUUUAGCGCCCCGCCCUUCCGCUCUCUCCUCCACCUCUCCUCGCCCCGUCUGCACACACUUGAGCUCUCAGGGCUGCCGUCCUUCCGCCCGGGUAUGCUAGCGCACUGCAUCGGCCUGCACUCCCUUGUGCUGAAGGGAAUGCCGGAGACUCUUGCAGCGCCGAGUGAGGGAGAUGCUGAGACUAGGAGUGGAGAAGGAAGGGGAGGAGGAGGGGGGGAUGGAGAGGGGGAGGGAGGGGGAAGCGUGGUGCUUCAACGGGUGUCAUUGGAUAGUCUCGUUGGCAUGCUGGUGCGCGUGGUGCAGAGGGGAGGAGAGGAAGGGGAAGUGGGAGGGGAGGCAGGAGGGGAGGAAGGACGGGAGGUUGGAGAGGGGGGUAGAGGGGGGGAGUGUGAAGCAGCAGAAGAGGUUGACAGGGUGGAGGGAGCGAAUGAAGCUACAAAUACUGCUGCUGGUGCUGCACUAGCAAGGGUGGGAGGAGCAGCGGGGCCUGCAGCAGCAGCAGCAGCAGCAGCAGCAGCAGCAGCAGCAGCAGCAGCAGCAGCAGCAGCAGCAGCAGCAGCAGAAGCAGCAGCAGCAGCAGCAGAAGCAGCAGCAGCAGCAGAAGCAGCAGCAGCAAUAGCAGAAGCAGCAGCAAUAGCACCAAGAGCAGGUAAUUCCAGAAACGGGGAAGAAAGAGAGUAUGUAGACAUCAGAACGGCGGCAGCAGCAGCCCGAGCCGACCUCAUAGAGUCAAGUCAAGACAUGGUCACUCUCAUGGAAACGGCCAAGGAGUGCCACACAGCCGUGCCGUCCGCUGUCCACUGGGCGCGCAUGGCGCGGGCGCAGCCGCAAGACGCCCUGUCCGAGAUCAAAUUCGCCAUCGCUAAAAUCAGAUCGGGCAUCUCAACGUGGCGGGCGCUGCGAGUGGCAGUGAAUCAGAAAGACGCGGCGACGGCGUGGGAGGAUGCAGUGAGUGAGGCGUUUGCUGCUGCCACGACUGCGGGCGUGUUUGUGGGCACGCGGAGCAGGGUAUGCGAGGAGGGGGAAGGAGGGUUGGUGCGCCUGGAAGACUUUGACGGAAUGCUUCCGGGUGAUGAUGACUUGCUUGUUGAUGCUGCUGAUGCUGCUGAAGGGAGUGAGGUUGGAGAGUUUGCAGCUGGGGUUGACCCGGAUGGGCAGGCAGUGGCUGUGAUGGAAUCUCUGCUGCAGCAGUAUUACGAGCAGAGCAAUGCGGCGACUGAGAGCCUCAGGACCAUGCGCGUGCCUCGUGCAACUGCUGAUGCUGCUGCCGCUGAUGCUGCUGAUGCUGAUGCUGGUACGGCGGAUGUUGGUGCUGCUGCUGGUGCGAGUGCUGCAGCCACAGGAGCAGCACCAGCAGAUGGAACAGCAGUAAUUGGUGAUACAGCCGCAACAGCGGGGCAAAGGGGAGGAGGAAUGUCGUUGCAACAAGGAAGAGGGAUGCAAGGGGAUAAAGUCUCAAGGGAGGGAGGACAGUCAGGCCGCAGAAACAACAGUAGCAAAAGGAACGUUAUGGGCAGCCGAAAAUCAGUGGGCAGCAGCAGAAGAGCACGGAACAUGGGAGGCCAAUCAUGUGGCAUCUCCGGGAUUCUUGUGGAGGUGCUGUGCCCUCCCUUACACUCCUUAACCCUUAAGGACUUUCACUUCACCUGCACUCCCAUGCCUACGUGGCUGCCUCCAUCCCUUCCCUCUGAAUCGCCUCUCAUGUGCCUCUCUUCCGCUCCUGCAUCCCUUCCCUCUUCUUCUUCUUCUUCCACUUCCCGCUCACCUUCUCACUUCGCUCCUGCUGCCGUUUCAAGGGCAGUCUCUCAGCCGCAGUCCUUCCAAUCUGUUGCACUCGCUGCUGUUUUCGGGCAGCUGAAACGCCUCACACUGGUGUCGUGCUUCGGGCUGAAGGAGGAGCAGAUGGUGCUGAUGCUGCGUGCUUGCCCAAUGCUGGUGGCUUUAAUCGUGGACGACAACGAGGACUUUUCAGACCGGGUGGUUGCAAAGAGCAGACUGGAGAUGCUGACGCAUUUGACCGUGCUUGAGUGUGAUGCAAUCACUGCAGAUGGCAUUGGAGGGCUGCUGGGAAGCUUCCCAAAGCUGCAGGAGUUGAAGGUGGAAGCAAGCAAGGUUGGUGACAGGGCUCGCAGAGAGCUGCUUCGAGCGGGCGUGGCUCUGAGUCACAGGUGA